CAUAAUGCAAUGCAAUAAUCAAUGUCGAAGGAUGCAAUAAAAGUUGCGGACUUGGAUCGAUCAAGACUAUUGCUUAGCAGUUAGCAAUUAGCAUCUAAGUAGGAUGCAAUUAGUUUUAUCCGUAAAAAAAAUCAAUAAGAGCUAUCUCUCAAACUAAUUCGAGAUCGAGGCCAUGUAAUUUUUUUUAAACCUUAAUUUCCCCUUCUAUAUCAUAGUUGCAAACGAGUCGAGUUUUCGUUAGACUCGAACCCUUUUUCUUUUCUAAAUUGCUUGACUCGAAUUUGAACCAAAAUAAUCUAACUAGAGCUCGACUCAACUUAAAUGAAAAUUAUUGAGGUUAAACUCGACUUCAUAAAUGUUCAAUAACAAAGCCUAUCAUAUCAAGCUGAACACAAGCUUGUUUGUCCCAAUAAUCUCUACAACCGACUCAAAAUUAAUGUUUAUAAAACCGUCAAGAACUAAACUAACCCAAUUGGCUCAACACCAAUUUCAUAACAACCUUCAAACCGAUAAACUGCUAGUCCAAACAAAUCUCAAGCAUUUUACAGAUGAUUUGUCCUACUAAAGAGAGGAUUAUAAUGGGAAAGAGGCUCCCAAAAAUCCUCAUCAUCUUCUUACAUGUGCCCUUCACAUGGCUUCUCUUCUUUUGUUUUUUGGUGUGAUUUUGGGGGGAAUCUUUCAUCUCUUCUAUUGUGGACUGGAACUUGAUUGAUUAUCCAUUUUAAUGCAGGAGGACUAGGACAUGAUUGAUUACUUUGAUUCUGAGUUAUUUAUUAGUGCCUUUAUUAUCCAGUUUAGUUUAUUAAUUCGACUUGGUUAUUUGGACUGAUAUUUUCUGGAAAAAAGGGGAUAAUUUUUAGGUGUGUAAAAGUUGGUAUCUUUUGCUUGAGAAAGGGAAAGGGUAGUGGGAAGAACAAGAAAGUGAAGUUCUCUAUAAUUGCAGUGAAAGAAGAUAGAUACAAUUUUGUUCAUAAAUGGUAAGUGCACUAGCUAGUGGUCACUAUCUGUUUGUUUUCAUGAUUAGCAUAGUUUAUAUUUAAUUUAAUCUUCACUUCUAUGACUUUCCUUUUUUUGGUUUGGAUAAUAAGUGACUCAUUGAGAUUGUUUUUUUUUAAGAAGAAAAAUGAAUAGAAAGGUUAACCUACCCAGAUUGUUUAGAUUUCGCACAUUACAACUAUGAUACGAGAGCUUAUAAGUGGAGAGCAACCUCUAUUAGUAAGGUAGUUAGGUGCAGUUUGGUUCCGUACUCUAAGAACGCGAGAUAUAAUUAAAAUUCCGUAUUCAGUUUUAGAUUGAUAUGAAAGAUAUGGCUGCUUGUAGUUGUAGCCCGCAGCUCAUUUUCUCGAGUGUCUGUGAGGUUGGAUACAGUUUUGUUUGAUAAGUCAUUGCAACGAAAAGUCUAACACAUCAAUAGUCCUCAAUUUGUUGCUUUGAUUUCCAUUUUAGUGAUUUUAGUUUUGACAAAUUGUACACAUUGUACACAUUAGUUGCUGCAAUUUCAAAUACAAGGUGGUAUCGAAAAUUAUGUCAAGCAGAAUCAAGGGUUUUAUGCCUGAUCUUGUAUCGGAGAUGCAAGCAGCUUUCACUGGAGGGAGGUUGAUUCAGGAUAACAUCAUUAUUGUUCAUGAGGUUCUUCACCAUUUUAAAAAUCGUCGGAAAGGAAGAAAACAUGACAUGAUGUUGAAGAUGGAUAUGAGGAAAGCAUACGAUCUGGUGGACUGGGACUGUUUGAGUGCACUUCUUGAGGCGUAUGGCUUCAAUCGAAUGUGGUGUGAUUGGGUGAAAGAAUGCAUCAGUACUGUUCGAUUCGCUGUGCUGGUUAAUGGAGGACCUACUGAGUUCUUUUCUCCCUCUCGUGGCAUCCGUCAGGGAGACCCUCUUUCCCCUUUCCUUUUCAUUUUAAUGUCCAAUGCUCUUUCUUUCUUGUUGGAUAAAGGAAUUGCGGAGGGAAGCAUUCAGGGUCUCAAGAUUAAGCCUAACUGCCCUUGUCUUUCUCAUUGUUUGUUUGCAGAUGAUACUGUUGUUUUUGGUAAAGCAACACUGGAUGAAGCGGAGGCGGUAAUGCAUAUCAUUGAUAAGUACAAAUCAAUUACGGGCCAAGAGGUCAAUAUGGAUAAGUCCUCAGUCUUCUUCAGCAAGAACACCCCAGGAGAAGUGAAAGCAUCUAUUACGUCUUUCCUUGGCUUUCCAGAUGCUAUCUGUCAUGACAAGUAUCUUGGGGUUCCUACCGAGUGGGGAAGAUCGAAAAAGGAAACGUUUGCUUUCCUUGUUGAGAGGAUGGAAAAGAAAGGGGAAUCAUGGAAGAGCCUCACCCUCUCACAUGGGGGAAAAGAGACUUUGAUCAAGGCGGUUCUUCAGGCUAUCCCAACUUUUAUUAUGAGUGUUUUCCUUCUUCCUACCUCAUUGACCAAGAAGAUGGACUCACUCAUACAUCGGUUUUUCUGGUCGGGUUCGAUGAAGAAACGAUCCAUUCAUUGGCGGAAAGGAGAUGUUCUUAACGAUCCUAAAGGGGAAGGUGGGCUGGGUUUUCGGAACUUUCAGCUGUUCAAUAUGGCGUUGGUGGCAAAACAGGGAUGGCGCCUAAUCACAGAACCAAAUUCUCUAUGGGCUAGAUUGAUGAAAGGGCUUUAUUACCCGAAUGGAGACUUUUUGACGGCCAGGAAAGGGAGCACAUCAUCGUGGAUCUGGUCGAGCCUGUGGGAGUCGAGAAAAGCUUUGGAUUUGGGAACGAUUCGGGUGAUUGGGUCUGGGGAGGAUACGUGGUUUCACAAGGACCCAUGGGUACAUCCUAUUCAAGGGCAUAACAUCUCUUCACAUUUGGAUCCCCCCUCCCGCGUUCGUGAUUGGAUGUGUCAAGAUGGCAAAAGAUGGAACAUGAACCUCAUCCUUCGGCACUGCUCCCCGGAAGAGGCGGAGGCGAUUUCUCGGAUCCAGAUUGGCCCGGACGGAGCACCCGACAAAUGGGCGUGGAAAUAUAACUCAACAGGGAGAUUUUCGGUGCGAACGGCGUAUCAUGGUUUUCGGAAUCAUCUUAAAGAGGUUAACCAGCCUAUGCCGAGUGAUCUGAAUCUACCGGCCGAUGAUGAUAAAUGGAAAUGGUUGUGGUCGUUGAACCUCCCGCCGAAAAUUAGAUUCUUUAUGUGGAGGUGCAUUCGCAAUGCUCUGGCAACUAAGCUCAAUUUAUUCCGGCGGAAGUGCUCUCCCAAUACGACAUGCCAACUGUGUAACGGUGAAGAGGAAUCGCCAAUCCAUUGCCUUUUCUUGUGUUCUCAUGCGGAAGCUACUUGGAGGAUGUUGUUCCCGUCCAAUGUCGUUCCUCAGAAUAUUUCCCAAUGGAUCUUCUCCUUGCGUGAAGAAGGAAGUGGGGAUGUUUGUCGACAGAAGAUUUUCUGCCUGUGGAAUAUUUGGAAGGCCCGCAAUGAAUUUGUUUUCAAAGGAGUUGUUCCGUCCCCGACGAGGACCUCGAUAUAUGCUUUUCGAGAAGCAGCGGAGCCUCAUCUUACCCCUUCUUCUACUUCAACCUUCAACCAGCCUAGGGAAAUUCCAUCUCACUCAUGUCCACCGCCAUUUCAUCCUCAACAGAGGAUUUACUGUGAUGGCUCCUUUGAUGUUGCUACGCAGGAGGCGGCUUUUGGAGUAGUUAUUACUAACUCUGAAGGACAGAUUUGGGAUGGAAAGGCUGGAAGGAUUAUUUGUUCAUCUCCUAUUGAAGCUGAGGCACGAGCGAUUUUAGAAGCGUGCCAGUGGGCUUUUGAAAAGAGAUCGCCAACGAUGAUUUUCUCCGAUUGCAAAGUUCUUGUGGAUGCUAUCAAUGGAUGUCCGUCAUCAUGGCCAUGGAGAUGUUAUGCAUCUUUGAUAGCUAUAACAAGAAUAUUGCAGCAAGCAGAAAGACUUAGAAUCUCUUUCAUUAGUCGUCGUAACAACAAAUCUGCUGAUUGGGUGGCGAGAAAUUGUCGUCAUGGCUCUCUCCAUCAUAAUUGGCUUGAGGUUCUUAAUGUUAUAUCUGAUAGGUUGUAGCUUGUAUUCGUGGCCCUUCAAUUGGAAAUGAAUGAAUGAAUGUGUUAUUCAAAAGAUUGAAGGCCUCCAUAUAACUUUUAUUGCUUCGAAAACCGUUAAUCUCUUGGCAAAAAUCAAGCCAUCAACACCGACGGACAACCAGUCUAUUGAGAAACACAUGGAGCCAGCAAGGGGGUUGAACUACUAUAAUUGGGGGGAACAAGAAAGAAAGAACCCUUUUAUUUUGUUUUAUAAAAACAAGAAAAGAAUUUUUCUUUGACUAUUUAAAAAAAAACAGAAAGAAUGGUUGACAUAUGAUAUAAGAAAAUAGAGAUAAAUAUAUAUUAUUUUUUUAUGAAUGAUAUAUAAAAUUUGAUUAGUAUAAGAAAGGAAAGGAGAUAUACACUUUUAUGGUUAAAACUUAAAAGAUAUUGAAAUCAAGGACCGUACCGGCAAUUCAAUCAGAAAAUACCAACGACAAAAUAAAUUAGCAAUAUUCAAAGAUACAAACCAUGAUUUUAGCAUAAGAAAUUAAAAUCGACGCGCUGACGCGCUUAUGGCCGUGUGUGGAUGCAAGCAGAGCAGAGCAAGUGAUGGAGGAGAAGUGCACUUCUUCUAAUCAAAAUGACAGCUUCAGAUUUGCUGUUCCCAUCGGUGACACGUGGCUGGCUAACCGUGUUCCCUACUUUGCCGACCUUUCUUCGUCCUCACAUGAACCGACGGUGACGGGAACAGAAAACGAAAGGAAGAUGGUUUGGGCUCUUCCCAAAACUGGAUCCCACGGUCUUCUUUCUUCCGGCCCAAGUAACACAGGCUCAUUUCGGCCCAACAGCAUGGACGAGGUAGAAACGAAGAAGCAGAAAUCUGAGAGAAACGCCUUUUACUCUUCAGACUUUCAAUGACAGCCUUUGCAUCUUCAAAUCCCUUAAUUAUCCUGUUUAUGAAAUCAUUGACUCCCCAUAAGACCCUAAUCACCGGUUAAAGCUUCCAGAAACCACAAGUGAUUUGGAUACGGAACAACAUGAAGAACUAGAAGCAAAGGCGAAUUACUACACCAAUUGAACACCUAACUGUCAACUAUAUAAUGAAAUCAGCAGGUUUUCGGCCAGAAGAUGCUAGCAAUUUGAGGAGGAAGAUACCUUAAGAUUGGAGCUUCGUAUCCUGCAAUCAGAAGAAGAAAAUAGGGAUGACAAAAACGGAAAAUCGAAGAGAGAAAGAUCAAAGUAAACAAUGAAUCGGGGAGCCAAAAGCCAAAAGGGAAUGUACCAAAGACGUCGGAGAGUAAGAAUGACGGCAGAGUGGGAGGUGGGGGAGCCGGUGACAUAGGAGUCCAGGUGGCCGACUUUCUCUACAAGGCCAACUCCGCUACCUUGGUUCAGCGUCGGAGGGUUUUCGCAGCACUGUGGUCCUGACUCCUGACAUCGCUCUCUUCUCUCCGUUCUUUCUUUCGCCGGGAAAUUCCGAAAUGCUGGUGGGCUGGCUGGAAGCUCCGCGUAAGUAGGGCUGCAAAUGAGUCAAGCCGUUCGCGAGCAACUCGGCGUUUGAAUCGGAAAAAAUUCGUUCGACACUCGACUCGUUGUUUAACAAGCCGGCUCGCGUUAGUAAAUGAGUCAAGCUUGAGUUAGACCAUGGUCGGCUUGAUAAGCUCGUGAGCUAGCUUGACUCGGUGGCUUGUUGAGCUAAGCUCGCGAGCUGACUUGUUUAAAGCUUGUGGAAGGAUUAAUUACUCUUCUGAACAUGAAAAUUAUCGUGUUAAUAAGGAUGUGUAUGGAAG